AUGCCGCGCCGACUACGCCGACCACGCGUGGUGUUCAUCUUCGUGGCGUUCUGCCUCUCCACCUUCGCCAUGGCCUGCGCCUACCCGCUGGUCCCGCAGGUGGUCGCCGCCCUGUGCGGCGGCGACCUGAGCCGCGCCUCGCUCUCCCUCGGACUCCUCAGCGCCUAUACGCCCCUUCCCCACCACAAAGUGGUGCGCUUGGGUGCCAACGCGCUGGCCACUCUGCUCACGGUCCCCGUCCUCGGUCUGCUCUCCGACCACGUCGGCCGCAAGCCCGUCUUUGUGCUCUCCCUGGCAAGGGAGCAGAUGGGGAGCGGUGUGGACUACCUGGUGAUGGGCGCGGCGGUGCUGUUCGACCUGCCCCUCUGGGUGCUCUUCAUCUCGCGCACCCUGAGCGGCACCACGUCGGCCGCCUUCUGCAUGGCCUACGCCUACGUCGCCGACGUGUCCGAGCCCCACCGCCGCAGCCAGAACUUCGGACUCCUGGGAGCGGCCAUGGGCCUGGCGAUGAUGUGCGGUCCUGCGCUCUCGGGCUACUUGAGCAAGGUCCGAGCCCAAGCUGUGUUCUCGAUGACGAUCGCGUUCAGCCUCGCCGCGACGGUCAUCGCUGCCGACAUCUUCUUCGUCGUGUUCGUUGUGCCCGAGUCACGCGAUAGCAGCUGCGGGGAGGCCAAGCCCUGGAGGUGGUCGAGGGCGAUCCCCUUCCGCUCGGUGUCCCUCCUCUGGAAGAGCAGAUUGGCCCUGGGCACAGCCGUGGCCUACUUCCUCAUGUUUCUGGGCGAAGAGGGCAUGAUGAGCAUCUACGUCCUCUACUUCAAGUACACCUUCCACUGGGACUCGCUGCAGAUCGGGCUGAUGAUCUCGGCCUGGGGCGUCAGCUGCAUCCUGGCCCAGGGCCUACUCCUCCGCCUCGUGAUCCGAUUCGUCAACGACAAGGCCGCCAUCCUCCUCGCCCUGGCCGACAGCGCGCUGACGGCGUUCGUCUAUGCGAUCAUCACCGACGGCAACCUGGUCUACGCCCUGAUCGGGGUGCGCGCGCUCAGCCAGCUCGCGACGCCGCUCAUGAAGGGCGUGAUCUCGCGUCAGUUCGCGCCCCACCGGCAGGGCGAGCUGUUCGGGGUCCUCUCGUCGCUCUACACGCUCACCUCGUUCGUCGGGCCGCUCCUGUUCAACUCGCUCUUCGCCUACCUGGCCUCGAGGCGCCCCGCUGCGGGGUCCGUCGCGCCCGUCAUGGCGGAGCUGCUCCAUACGAACGGGCCGGGCCUGAUCUACUACCUGGUCUCGGGCAUCACCCUGGCGUCGCUCGGCGUGUCCUGCGUCGUGUUCUCCGUGUGGCGCGACCACACCACGCUCCACGGCCACCAGCUCGCGGGCGUGAAGGUGGUGGACGAGAAGGGCGCGGACGCAGGCGAUGAGCGAUGGAGACACGUGGACGAGGUGUAUGACGAUGAUGAGGGUGACGAGGAAGAGGAAGUGGUGGCGAAGCAGGGGCGGCAGUACCGGAGGGUGCUGGUCAUCACCGAGGGCAGCGAGCCGCGGGCUGAUUACGCCAGAACCGACCAAUCUGUGAACUGA